GCAUUUGAAUUAGCCGCCAUUUUCGUAUUUAUCAUUGCACUUGAAGGAUUUUUUCUGUACAUACUUCUUCUUCGAAGAGAAGAUCUCUGGAAUUGACCGAGACCAUGAAACUGAUUUGCGACUUGGUUGUAAAUAAUUUACAGUAUGCAGGACUGUCGGUGCCGAAAAAUCGGGCCAAGAAAUGCCAAGUAAGCGUAAUAAAAUCGAGCAACAACGAGCUCACGAUGGUCGCACAGAGCGCAGACAACAAAAAUGGAAUAAAUUACAAGUUGACAGGAAAUGUGACGCAGACUUUUGAAAAGUUCGUGUUAGAGGGCAAAUGCACGAUUCGUUUGAAGAAGCCUUUGGCGGAUUUGAUUCUGAGCAAGUGUGAUGUCAUGCAGCUGAGACUGUUUUUAAAAACUAUCCAAACCGGAGAGGAUCUGCUCUCAGGUUCAAACAGUCAAGCUGCCAACAAAAAAGGAAAUAAUGAAGAUUCAAGGAAAAGGCUUAUUGAUAGUCUGCCUUCUUCUCAGAAGAAACUGAAGCUGUCAAAUUUCAAUGAAAAGUGCAGAACCAAAUUAAUAAUUUUAUCAAAAAAGGAACUCAUCACAACCUCUUUCUCACAGACACUUGUUGAGCUUCAGAUUCCAGAUCUGGGUUUGAGCAUGAUUCCUCCAUCUGUUUCAAGACUUGCCAAACUUCAGACCUUGGACGUCUCAGGAAACAACCUGACAGAUUUGCCGAGAACUUUCUCCUCAAAACUGACUAGUCUUAAUUUGAAAGGAAAUCAACUCGAUAGAUCAAACAGCAAGACUUGGAGAUUCUUUUCUCUGCCGAAUAUUAGAAAUUCUCUGUCGCUUCUCAACCUUCAAGAAAACAGACUCCCUGCGUUACCUUUGGAAAUUUUGAGCCUGGAAAAACUUUCUACGUUGAACGUUUCACACAAUAAAAUCAAGAAAUUUGCAUCUUCAAUUGGAGACCUCCCUAGACUAAGGGAUCUGGACGUAUCCCACAAUGUUCUUAGCUCUCUCGACAUCAGUUUCAAAAUGCUCAAACUUGCCUCUUUGGAUGUGACAGGAAAUUCAUUUUCACAUCCUGUAGACAAGCAAGGAGUAAAUGGAACUAGCAGUGUCCCAAGUUUGAAAAGAAUUGCCUGUGCCCUAGUAAGAAAUCACAGGAUUAACCAUAACAUCCUACCUAAAACGGUUCAAGAAGAGUUGCUGUUGAUGAGACGUUGCAAGUGCUUCAAAGUGGUUGGCAGCACAGAUGAACAAUACAUCAUCAAUUCAGUCAAAAAUCUUGCUCAAACCUGUGUUUUUGAUGGAACAACUCAUUUACGGAUGCAUUACAGCAGUUGCAAUGGUUGUGAGAAGUCGCAGAUUUCAUCAUUAAGACGUCUGAUAUAGAAUUAUCUUAAAAUACUAAAAUAAUGUAGUUUUAAAACAAUUGUAUCCACAUUUUUAAUUGCCAUUGUUUGAACCAUGCGUACACAUAUUUAAUGAAGCAACAAUUUCAUUUAUUCACACACUCUGUGAUGGGGGAGUGAUCAAGAUUGAUUUUUUUAAUAUAUUUACUAUAUUAAUUAAUAACUUUUGUAAGUCGUUCUUAAAAAAAGGAAACUUUCAUA